AGCUGCUUCCGGAGUCUGCUGUUCGGCCCCGGCCUCCGGCAGAGGUCCAAGCCCCCAACCCCGGGACCCCGGAGGGGACGCCGCGCCCGGGGUCCGGACGUCUGGGCCGCUCCCUCGGCCUCCUUCGGGGGAGAGGUCUCGCUCGCUUUCACUAGACCCUCGGACGCCCCGCAGAUCAUCCCCUGACCUUGGCCGAAGUCCCGGCCCCGCUGCUGACCCAGGGAUUGGCCUGGACAGAUUCCGGGGUUUUGAGACCUCCCAGGUCCAGGGCGUGCGGGGGAAACUUGAAUCCAGAGAAGAAGAGUUUUUGAGGAGGGUGGACCGCACCACCCUUUUCUAUUUCCAGGUCUCCCCUCCCGCCCAGAAGCAGAUUGCAGGGCAUACAUAGGAGGAACCUGUGGAUCCUGGCACACUUUGAGGGGCCUCAUCUCCCGGGAGCACCAUCGCCCAUUUUCCGGUGGCAUCUUGGGCUGUGGCUUUGGUGAGUUGAAACUUGGGGGAGCCACAAUAGGACCUGGAACCCUAAACACAGCAGGAAGACUUUUGUGGGAGUGCUUUGUUACACCCCAAGGCAUUCUUGGAAUCUUUGUGGGGAGUUACUGAAUUUGGAGGUCCAUAGCUUCCCCAGCCCCUACCCUGGAAUCUCCAGUAACAUUCUUGGGAGUGAAAAGUGCCCCCUCAGACCCUAAGAGGAGGGAACUGAACUGGAUUGAAAAUUGGGAGUCCUUGCAGAACUACCAGGGACCAAACACGAACCCUUCCCUGGAGCUGGAACAAAACCAGGCAUCUGGGGAGCCCCUCCUGACCUCCCACCUGACAGCCAGAGGAACACCGGGAGGAGAUCCCAGAAGUCUAGGGGGUCUCCCUUGCCCGCCACCCAAACUAUGUUUCUUCGACGUCUUGGUGGCUGGCUGCCCCAUUCCUGGGGCCGCCGGAAAGAUCCCCUGCCUGAGCCGGGCCCUGUAAGGGAUGAUAGCUCUCCUGACAACUCAGGGAGCGACUGGGACAGUGCUCCAGAGACCAUGGGAGACAGGGGCCAGCCUAAGUCUGGGGACUCCAGGAGACAAGUGGAUAGGGGGACCCCCCCUGAAUGGAGCAGGGACUCUGCCAAUUAUGGAGAUGCUGAGCUACUGGGGGACAGAAGGAACUCCCCCAAACUGAGCAUGGAUGUGCCCAGCUUUGAGCAGUCCAGGAAACUGGAUGCUAAGGGAGUGAUCCCCACGGUGGGAGGCAACACCCCAAACUCAGAAGAUUCUAAAGGACAAGGGGUACCUCUUAAAUGGGGAACAAACCCCUCCAACCCUGAGGCUCCUGUGGAGAAAAUAGGGCACCACCAGAGGCUGCUGGGUUGGCUUCAGGGGGAAACAAAUAGAGGGUUGGGGGCCCAUCCACAGUUGUUGGGGGGCUCUGAGGAGUGGCUCCAGAUCUCCACCAACCUGACCCUGCACCUGCUGGAACUGCUGGCUUCAGCUCUGCUGGGGUUAUGUUCCAAGCCCCUGCGCCUGGUCCUAGAUGCCUUAGGUCUUCGGGGGCCUUUGGGUCUUUGGCUGCAUGGGCUUCUGUCCUUCCUUGUUACUCUCCAUGGACUUCACAUGGCCCUUACCCUGCUUACGGCACACCCGUUCCACUUUGCCUGCCUCUUUGGUCUUCUGCAGGCCCUGGUACUGGCUGUCAGUCUUCGUGAGGGAACCGAGGUGUCAGGGGAGGAAGAGGAAUACAAAUGGGAGGGGGAGAAAGGAAGAGAGAGAGAGGGGGAAGAGACUAAAGGAAGGGAGGGCCUGUGACUACGGUGUUGCAGCACUACCUCAGGGUUGAGGAAUACCAGGACUUCUGGGAAGGGAGAGAGAUCCUUAGGGUGGGGAAAGUGGCCCAUACACACCCCCUCCCUCCUGCAACAGGCUUGGGCACUCAAAGUAGGGGGAGGUACCUUCUAAUUCACCAGCAAUGUCACUUUUUUCUUUGGUGUUAUUCCUCUGUCACCCAAUUAAAAAAAAAAAAGGAACUCCCUCUACCCUUUGUAAUUCCCCUGGGGAUAAGGACUCCAGUAAAAGAACAGUCCUCUGGGUCCUGGGAGAGGGAGGGGAAAGCAGGGGGAUCUACUGGAUUCUAGGAUCUGAGCCAUAAAUGGAUAAAGGGGAGGGAGGUCAACUAUAAAGCUGAUGGAUCAGAGAAGUGUGGGUUCAGGAGAGAAGAUGUGCUUGGAACCGGAGAUCCAGUUAAGAUUCAGAGAAUCACAUUGCUCCAGAAAACUCAGCAGAAAGCCUUAGGAUGCCACAGCAGAGGCCCAAGGAAACACCCAUGCUCAUCUAAAGUGUUUGGAGGCUCGAUCACUGAGCAGUCACUGUUGCACUGAUCUCCUAAAUAUACCACUACAAAAGGGAAGUUAA